AUGCAAUUCCUUUCUUCUGUCGCUACAUUACUUUUAGCAUCCACUGCUUUCGCUAAGACUAUCCUUUUAACCAACGAUGAUGGUUGGGCUUCUACCAACAUCAGAGCUACUUACAUCCAGUUGAAAGAAGAUGGUCACGAUGUUUACUUGGUUGCUCCAGUCUCCCAAAGAUCUGGUUUCGGUGGUACCUUCGAUCUCCCAGAAACCCCAACUUUAGAAACCAAUGGUGGCUUCAACUACCCUGCUGCUGGUGCUCCAUCUUGGGGUCACGAAGUUGAUGAUGACCACAUCUGGUACUUCAAUGGUACCCCAGCUUCUUGUGUUGCUUUCGGUGCUUCUUACCUUUUACCAACCUACUUCAAAAACAAUAACCAGAUCGAUUUAGUCGUUUCUGGCCCAAAUGAAGGUCAAAACGUAUCCCCAGGUUUAUUCACUAUUUCUGGUACCAUUGGAGCAACUUACAACGCUGUUUACAGAGAUAUUCCAGCCGUUGCUUUCUCUGGUGCCAACACCAACAACUCCUUCUUCAAGGAUGACUUAGACAUGUCUGAUAAAUUAGAACCAUCUACUAUCUAUGCUGAAAAGGUUGUUGAAUUCGUUAACGCUCUUUUCGCAGGCGAAGGUCACAACACUCGUGCUUUACCAUUAGGUGUUGGUCUUAACGUUAACUUCCCAGCUGUCGGUUACCAAAACGAAACCUGUACCAAUCCAAGUUGGGUUCAAACUAGAUUGAGUGGUAAAGAUUCUGUUACUCUUGAUGUUAUUUACAAUGCUUCUUCAAACCUUUUCACUUUCUCUGAAAGAUCUGGUCAAGGUAUGCUUGAAUGUCAAAAUGGUGACUGUAAGCUACCAUCUGAAGCUUUUGUUGUUACUAACGAGUGUGCAAGUACUGUUUCCGUCUACAGUAUCGAUUACGAUGCUAACACCAAAUUAACCAAAGAAGUUCAAAACUCUUUAUCUGCCUUAUACAAGAAAAAGUAA